UCACAGGCCGCUCUAGCCGCGCACGGAGACGGCAAUCUCGUUGCUCCCGCUUGACGUCAUCGGCGGGCGCCGCAGCGUGGUGGCGGGCACGCGCCGCCGAGAAGAUGUCUCCGACGCCGCCGCUCUUCAGUUUGCCCGAAGCGCGGACGCGGUUUACGAAGUCUACCAGAGAGGCCCUGAACAACAAAAAUAUCAAGCCAUUGUUGAGUACCUUCAGCCAAUUACCUGGCAGUGAAAAUGAAAAAAAAUGUACCCUUGAUCAAGCUUUCAGAGGUGUUCUAGAAGAAGAAAUUAUAAAUCACUCAUCAUGUGAAAACGUUUUAGCUAUUAUUUCUCUUGCUAUUGGGGGCGUAACUGAAGGUAUUUGUACCGCAUCUACACCUUUUGUAUUAUUGGGAGAUGUUUUGGAUUGUCUUCCUUUGGAUCAAUGUGACACAAUAUUCACUUUUGUGGAAAAAAAUGUUGCUACUUGGAAAUCAAACACAUUCUAUUCUGCUGGGAAAAAUUAUUUACUACGUAUGUGCAAUGAUCUCUUGAGAAGAUUAUCAAAAUCCCAGAAUACAGUCUUCUGUGGACGAAUUCAACUCUUUUUGGCCAGGCUUUUCCCUUUAUCUGAGAAAUCAGGUCUUAACUUGCAGAGUCAAUUUAAUCUGGAAAACGUCACUGUUUUCAAUACCAAUGAGCAGGAAAGCACCCUGGGUCAGAAGCACACUGAGGAUAGAGAAGAAGGAAUGGAUGUAGAAGAAGGUGAAAUGGGAGAUGAUGAAGCUCCAACAACUUGCUCCAUUCCGAUUGAUUACAACCUGUAUCGAAAAUUCUGGUCACUUCAGGAUUACUUCAGGAACCCUGUGCAAUGCUAUGAGAAGAUUUCAUGGAAAACUUUUCUUAAGUAUUCUGAAGAAGUUCUAGCUGUUUUUAAGAGUUAUAAAUUAGAUGACACUCAGGCCUCCAGGAAAAAGAUGGAAGAAUUAAAAACAGGAGGAGAACAUGUAUAUUUUGCAAAAUUUUUAACAAGUGAAAAGUUGAUGGAUUUACAACUGAGUGACAGUAACUUUCGUCGACACAUCUUGUUGCAGUAUCUCAUUUUAUUCCAGUAUCUUAAGGGGCAGGUCAAAUUCAAAAGUUCAAACUAUGUUUUAACUGAUGAGCAAUCACUCUGGAUUGAAGAUACUACAAAAUCAGUUUAUCAACUACUAUCUGAAAACCCCCCCGAUGGAGAAAGAUUUUCAAAGAUGGUAGAGCAUAUAUUAAACACUGAAGAAAACUGGAACUCAUGGAAAAAUGAAGGCUGCCCAAGUUUUGUGAAAGAAAGAAUAUCAGACACCAAGCCGACAAGAAUAGCUCGCAAGAGAACAGCACCAGAGGACUUCCUAGGGAAAGGACCCAACAAAAAAAUUCUAAUGGGAAAUGAGGAGUUAACAAGGCUUUGGAAUCUCUGUCCUGAUAAUAUGGAAGCUUGCAAAUCAGAGACAAGGGAAUACAUGCCAACUUUGGAGGAAUUCUUUGAGGAAGCCAUUGAACAGGCAGACCCUGAAAACAUGGUUGAAAAUGAAUACAAGGCUGUGAACAAUUCAAAUUAUGGUUGGAGAGCCCUGAGACUGUUAGCACGGAGAAGCCCUCACUUCUUCCAGCCAACCAACCAGCAAUUUAAAAGUUUGCCAGAAUAUCUUGAAAACAUGGUAAUAAAGCUAGCAAAGGAAUUACCACCUCCUUCUGAAGAGAUAAAAACAGGUGAGGAUGAAGAUGAGGAAGAUAAUGAUGCUUUACUGAAGGAAAAUGAAAGCCCUGAUGUUCGCCGAGACAAACCUGUAACAGGGGAACAAAUAGAGGUGUUUGCCAGUAAACUGGGCGAGCAAUGGAAGAUCUUGGCUCCCUACUUGGAAAUGAAAGACUCGGAAAUUAGACAAAUUGAGUGUGAUAGCGAAGACAUGAAGAUGAGAGCUAAGCAGCUACUGGUCGCCUGGCAAGAUCAAGAGGGAGUACAUGCAACACCUGAGAAUCUGAUGAAUGCACUGAAUAAGUCCGGAUUAAGUGACCUUGCAGAAAGUCUAACUAAUGACAAUGAGACAAAUAGUUAGCUUCUUUCUUUCUUUUUUUUUAUUAAAACUGUGAUAAGAUUUUGUUACCAAGCAGCAUUUGAUAAGAGGUCCAAUGGUUUUGGUAAACAAUAAACAUUUUUAUAACAGUUGUUGUACAGUUGGCUGGUGCUCCACGAACAACAGAAGGCGUAUUGGCUCUUGAUAACUGACCUCAGGGUUUCAGGCGAAGGGAGUACGUUGAGAAAAUGGACAAAAUAAAGCGACCUCAAGAUCACAUAUUUUUUGUUAAAAUAUUUAUAAUGAAGUCAGUAAGCAAUAUUUAGGGAGCAUGGUGUUUCCUAAGAUAGAUACACUAUGCCAACUUCGUUUCCUACAUGCCAUUAGUAGUUACAAAAUUUAACUUGCUGUUCUGAAAAUCCCACAAUGACUUUCUGAAACCAUAUGACUGCUCUAGUCUUACUCAUUUAUGCCUUAAAGCAGAGGAUCAGCAAACACUGGCCCAUUUCCCACCUGCUUUUACAAGUAAAAUUUUAUCAGCACACAGUUCUGCUGAUUUAAGUAUCAUCUAUGGCUCCUUUCAUGCUACAACAACAGCGUUAAGUAGCUAUGACAAAGACUGUGGCCUGCGAAACUUAAAAUAUGUACUAUCCACCCCACCCAUUACAGAAAAUGUUUGCCAGCCCCCAACUUGAAAAAAAAACAGGGUGAAGUCUAAAAUCCUAAGUCCUUAAAAUAGGGAUGCAUACUUCCAGGAUUGAUGUGAAGUUUGAGAUAUGUAGGUGAAAGCGAUCUACAAACAGCAAAGCACUAUGUAAUAAUGGCUGGGGACAGUACCAUCUACUUUUCCCAUUCCCACAUAAGCAUAAUUACCCUGUAGGGCUCUAACAUUAGGUUAUCAUUGUAUGUUUUGUAUCCUGAAAGGCUACUAAGUGCAUAAUACACCUAAGUGCAUAUUACACCAUAAAUGUUCUUGCUUGGACUUAACUUCACUGGCUAGUCCAACAGUGAUACAGCACAGCUCUAAUAUCAAAAGGGCCUCCGUGCUCAUGGCACAGCAUAUAAGGCACACUCAGGAAUCAAGAAAUUUUCUUGACCACUCUCCCUUCUCAAAGACCUUAUAUGCAAGGCUGAACUCUAAAAUAGCCUUAUUAGUUUAAAACACUGGUGUAAGUCCAAUUUCUUAAAAAAAAAAAAAAAAAAAAAUCUUUGGACUAAUGCUUAUUUGGAUUAAAUAAACUGAAAUCCAUUUUUAAAACAAUUAAGGAAUUACAAUUUUAAAAAUCUUAACUCCAUACAAGACAUAUACUUUGUUCUAAACCUACCUCAUCUACUAGCUACAGCAUCAUUCAAGUCAGAAAUCAGAAUUCUAAUCGCUAAAUUUAUGUCCUCAAAAUUGUUCAGACCAAGACAGACUGAAUAAAAAAUGCAGAGUCACAAGCAUCAUAGCACCAUCUAAGAAUCAUUACACUUCUUAUGGUCUCCUCUUCCCCAUUCUAUUCUGCACCCUCCGCCAAGGCAAAGGGAAUAAUGAUUGCCAGUAAUCACCACUUAGCUGAAGAAGCUAUUUACAAAUAAGUUUCCCUGAAAUGCUUAUUUUAUCUCCUAGGGUUCUCAGGUUUUAUCACAUUGUUCAAAGCUGAGAAGAAAUUGGCCAUUAUUCUCUAGGAAUUUAAUAGUUACCAGUGCUAUGCUCUGCAGAGCAUGAAAACAGCGUAAGUAAAGAGGAGAUUUCAUGAUAAUCCCCCAAGCUUCAUUUUAUAUACCUAACUCAAAAUCAGAGACAAAUGAGCUAAUUUCCUAUCCUCUGUCUAGCAAUCAAGGCUCUUGAAACAAAGAUAAGGAAUUAAUUAGAAUGUAUUAAAAUGUAAGAAACCUACCAUACUGAAA